AUGGCGGAAGACACCACGGCAACAGCUACGGAGGACCAGCAAGAAAGCCUGGAGAGAUCACUCGCCGAUGAACGAAAUUUACGCAGCUUCACCGAACAAGUCCUAGAUUGUCGGCAGAUAGAACUCGAAGUUGCGGAAGUAGAAAACAAGAAACUCUUGAAGAAAAUUGACCAGCUUACCAGGGAAUUAUCAGAAUCCAAGGCGCAGCUGCUCGAGGCACAAGCUCAAGUCAAGUCGAAGGACCGAAACCUUCAAGAGGCUGGUGAUCAAAUAUUUCGCCUGCAGUCACAGAGGGAAGACAUUACUGAGUCGGAAGCGAGGGACGCGCACAAGGCACUCUGCGACAAAAUUCAACGAUGGGUCGAAAACAAAUUGCCAAUAACCUUGGAAGCGGUGUCGUCGGGCCAAGUCAAGAAGCCACCGCCGGCACAAGCGACAAAGUUUCUGUCAUUGCUCCGUGAGCCAGCGAAACGAUGUCUCUCUGUACACCUCAGCGAUGAAUACCACGUCGUGGCAACCAUCAUGUACUACUUAUGGCUGGCCUUCUUUUCAAAGCCAUUCUAUUGCCCCCUUGAUGAUUCUACCGAGGAUGCAACCCUCUUAUGGCUUCUGGGGAUUGAAUCGGCCAUGGCGAAAUCUCGAAAUGCCGAGCAAUGUCGCGAAUGGAGAAGCGAAACCCUGUUGGCGUUGAGCACCCAAAAGUCUUUCAAAUCUAGACGAGAAUCGUACAUUUAUCUAAUUUCUAAGGACCUGUCAUCAUACUUGAUACCGAUAUUCCCCAAGAUAUCGCCCCUGGAGCUCCAAAACUCGGUUCGAAAAGCCGUGGUCCAGCCCGCAGCCGAUCUAGCCCACAGACUUCACACAUCAGUAAACGUGUUUUGGCUGAAGUGGCCGUUGAAGACGGCCAGUACACGGCUUGAGGUGUAUGAAUGUUUCGACUUGGCCGAUGGUGGCCGAGUAACCGACCUAAGUGGCACAUCACCUGAGUCUCCUAGUCGACGCAACAUCCGAUACCUGUUUGACAUCGCCCCUGGGUUGUUUGUGGAGAGGGUAGAGGGGGGGAGGAAGUUGCCUCUCAAGGCCAUCUGUCGCCCAAAGGUCCUCAUACACGGCAGUGAGAACCAGGCCACUCACAGAGCCACGCUUUUGACGUGGCUGUACAGCGCCACGAGAGACAGCUAA